CAUAUCAUAAAUUGUAUGAAAGAGAUAACGAGGAAGAAAAUAAAAGGUUGACAAUGGCACCUGAGCAUUGAUAGAUAGCCUAAGUGGCGACGGCUCUAUGAUCCUGUGGCGUGCGAUCUGCCUCUCUCACGCAGUCUCGCACACACAUAGCGGAGUAGAAGAGUGGAGAGCGCGCGCCGGGGAGGGAAAUUCAUUCCCGUACACUACUCCAGGCUCCAGCCCAGUGGUUAGGCUUUUGAGCCCUCUUAUUCCAGCUACCCAUAUUCGGAAAGACAUUCCAUGGAUUUUUUUAACAGUUCAUUUUUUUUACUCAUUCAGUGACGGCUCUCUCUUCUUUAUCUCUCUCAGUUUUUCUUUGUAUAGGCUACCUCGCGCUGUUGUCUGGAGUUAUUUUGUGCAUUUACUUCCUUCUGUUGUUUUGCAGCCAGGGAGAGGUGAAUAUUGACCUCGAGACGUAGCCUAUGGCAUUAUUACAGGGUUGUGGUAGUACCUACAUGCUACAUCCAUCCACUCAGAGACCACCCUGCGAUGGUCCAGUGUCCCAUGUACAAGGUGAACUAUAGGCUGUUUCAGCCGAAGCAUACGUUUUCGCUCUAUCACCCAUAGACUGACCUGGAUUAACGUUUGAAUUAACGACAGCUUUAACGGAGACCCCUAGGUGGCUGUCACUCCCCCGGUGUGAGCCCAGUCCUCUGCUGGACAGAGAGGGUUUAGGGGGCAGCACUGAGCCCUGAGGCUCAGUGGGUGGUAUGAUGACUGACUUCCAGUUCCCCUCAACAAGCUGAGUGACACUUAGAUGCUGGACUUUUCUGGUUUACAAAUAUGAUGAAAUGGCAGCCCCGGAAGAAGGCAUACUUCCGUCAGGGCGUGGCCCUGCAGUACCUUGGUCGCCAUGCCGACGCCCUGGCAGCAUUUGCCUCUGGUCUGGCGCAGGACCCCAAGAGUCUCCAACUAUUGGUGGGCAUGGUCGAGGCUGCCAUGAAGUCCCCACUACGAGACUCCCUAGAACCCACCUACCAGCAGCUGCAGAGGAUGAAGCUGGACAAGAGUCCGUUCGUGGUGGUGUGUGUGAUUGGUCAGGAGCUGCUGACCACUGGUUUCCACGGAGCCUCGGUUGUGGUCCUGGAGGCGGGGCUAAAGAUUGGCACAUGCUCUCUGAAGCUCCGAGGUUCAGUGUUCUCUGCUCUCAGCUCAGCCUACUGGUCUCUAGGCAACGCAGAGAAGAGCACAGGAUACAUGCAGCAAGACCUGGAGGUCGCCAAGACACUAGGUGACCAAUCAGGCGAAUGCCGGGCUCACGGGAACCUAGGGUCCGCCUACUUCUCCAAGGGCAACUACAGGGAGGCUUUAACCAAUCACAGACAUCAGCUGGUCCUUGCCAUGAAACUCAAGGACAGAGAGGCUGCGUCCGGUGCACUGAGCAGCCUUGGCCAUGUGUACACAGCGAUAGCGGACUACCCUAACGCCCUGGCCAGCCAUAAACAGUGUGUGCUGUUGGCACGGCAGACCCAAUGCCCGCUGUCAGAGGCUCGGCAGCUGGGCAACAUGGGAGCUGUCUACACCGCACUGGGAGACUUCACCAACGCUGUGCAGUGUCACCAGCAACACCUGGACAUAGCUAAGACCCUAGGUAAUGGCCGUGAGGAGGCGCGGGCGUACAGUAACCUGGGCAGUGCCCACCACAGCCAGAGAGACUUUGCCAAGGCUGUCUCCUACCACACCCUGGUGCUGCAGCUGGCUCAGGAGCUAGAGGACCGGACCAUACAGAUGAGGGCUUACGCCGGCCUGGGACACGCUGCUCGUUGCAUGCAGGACUUGGAGAGGGCAGGCCAGUACCACCAGCAGCAGCUGGACAUAGCAGAGGAGCUGCAGGACAGAGCUGCACAGGGACGCGCUUCAUCCAACCUGGGUAUAAUCCACCAGAUGAAGGGGGAGUAUGAGGCAGCGUUGAAGCUCCACAAUGCCCACCUGUGUUUGGUCCAGGAGCUGGGGGACCAUGCUGCUCAGGGCAGGGCCUACGGGAACAUAGGCAAUGCCUACAACGCUCUGGGAAUGUACGACCAGGCUGUGCGCUACCACCGGCAGGAACUGCACAUAUCACUAGAGGUGAAUGACCGUCCCUCCCAGGCCUCUACCCAUGGUAACCUGGCUGUAGCCUAUCAGGCGCUGGGCGCUCACGACCGGGCUCUCCAGCACUACCUGCACCACUUGAACAUCGCACGUGAACUACGAGACACACAGAGCACGGCCAGGGCACUAGGUAACCUAGGUAACUUCCACUGCUGUAGAGGGGAGUAUGUCCAGGCGGUUCCCUACUACCAGCAGUACCUGACACUGUCACCUCAGCUACAGGACCUGGAGGGAGAGGGCAAGGUCUGCCACAACCUGGCCUACACACACUACUGCCUGGGACAGUACAGAGAGGCCGUCAGGUAUUAUGAGCAGGACCUGGCCCUGGCUAAAGACCUGGGGGAUAAGUUGUCCCAGGCUAAAGCAUACUGUAACCUUGGUCUGGCAUACAAAGCCCUGGGGGAAUACAACAAGGCUGAGGACUGUCAGAGAUACCUGCUGUCCCUGGCUCAGGCUCUCAACAACACACAGGCUGUGUUCCGUGCACUGGGGAACCUGGGGGAUGUGUGUGUGUGUCGGGUUGACGUGGCCGGGGCGGUGAGGUUCUACCAGCAGCAGCUCACCCUGGCUCAGGAGGUCAAAGGCCACAAAAUGGAGGCCGACGCCUACUCAGCGCUAGGCUCCGCCCACAGACUCCUCCGUCAGUACGACCUGGCCCUCUCCUUCCACCAACAGGAGCUGUCUGCCCGCACCGCUCUGGACGACCAGCAGGGGCAGUGUGGUGCUCUGGGCCACCUGGCAGCCGUCCACAUGGCCCUGAUGGACUACGCCACAGCCUUCCAGUGCUACCAGGCCCAGCUCACCCUGGCACAGGGACUCAGAGACGCCCGCGUGGAGGCACAGGUCCAGGGAAACAUGGCCAUCACCAAGAUGAACAUGGGCGUCCUGGAGGAGGCCAUUGGGUAUUUUGAGCAGCAGUUGGCCAUGCUGGAGCAGCUGAGUGGGGCUGAGUGUGUGCUGGACAGAGGCAGGGCCUACGGGAACCUAGCAGACUGUUAUGACUCUCUGGGAGACUUUGAGGAAGCUAUAAAGUACUGUGAGAUGUUUCUAACUGUGGCUCAGAGUCUCAACCAUGUUCAGGACCAGGAGAGAGCCUACAGGGGACUGGGCAAUGCACACAGAUCUCUAGGUAGUCUCCAGCAGGCUUUGGUGUGUUUUGAGAAGAGACUGGUGGUGGCCCAUGAGCUGUGCGGAUCAGGAGGCGGAGAGGGAGGAGAAGGUGGAGGAUGGGGGAAGGCCCAGGCCUAUGGAGAGCUGGGAGACCUACACAGCCAGCUGGGGAAUUAUGAGCAAGCCCUGUCCUGCCUGGAGCAUCAGCUCAACAUCGCCUGCACCUCAAGGGACCGAGCACUAGAGGGCGAAGCGAGCGCGGCGCUGGGUGGAGUGUACCAGCUGAUGGGAGAGAACGAGGCAGCUCUACAGUGGCACCAGAGCGCGUUAGAGAUUGCGGAGGAGACCGGAAAUGGGAGGAGUCAGGGUAUGGCCUAUGGGAACAUGGGACUGACCUAUGAGGCACUGGGAAACUACAAAAGGGCCGUGGACUGUCAGGAGCAGCACCUGAGUGUGGCGGCGCAGAAUAAUGACCUCACAGCCAAGACACUGGCGUAUGGCAGCCUGGGGAGGACCCACCAUGCGCUACAGAACUACACACAGGCUGUCAUGUACCUGCAAGAAGGUCUGCGUCUAGCGGAGCAGUGUGGGAGGAGAGAGGAGGAGGCUAAGAUCCGUCACCGUCUGGGCCUGUCACUGUGGGCCAGCAGCAACCUGGAAGAGGCCCAGCACCAGCUGUACCGAGCGUCUGCGUUGUUUGAGUCGAUUCGUCACGAGGCCAAGCUCAGCUCAGACUACAGACUGUCUCUGUUCGACCUGCAGACAUCAUCAUACCAGGCUCUCCAGAGGGUCCUCGUCAGCCUGGGUCAUUAUGACGAGGCCCUAGCAGUGGCAGAGCGGGGUCGGACCCGGGCCUUCGCUGACCUCCUGGUGGAGCGACAGCAAGGUCACCAACCCCUGACCUCUGACGCUUAUACUCCGACCCCUGACCCUUACUCCCCGGUAACCGUAGAACACAUCCUGGAUAUGGUCAACAGUCAGAAGUCACUGGUGCUGUACUUCUCUCUGGCUGCAGGGUACCUCUACAGCUGGCUACUGGCACCAGGCACAGGUAUAGUGAAGUUCCAUGAGGUGUACCUGGGUGAGGGAGGAUCUGAGCUGCAGGCCUCAGAGAUCCAGGGGGGAGGAGUUAGUGGCUGUCAGACUCUGGAGCAGCAGAUCACUGCAGCUAGAGAGGCUCUGGGAGUUGACAACUACUACAGCAGCAGUGAGACGGAGAAUGAAGCAGGUGAUCUGUUAGAACAACAGUUUGAGGAACGACUGACAUCAGCCACCGACCCUACUGGCUACCUACGCAUGGUGUCCAGAAACAACCUCUUUAGCAGAAGUAGUCAGAGUUUGUCCAGUCUGGUCAGUUCUACAGUGUCUCCAGUGAGAGAGACCUCCUCCUCUCUGCCUUGUAGACCCGGCCCCCUCACCAAACCCCCCCUACGAGCCCUUCACCACCUGCUCAUUGCACCUAUGGAGGAGGUGCUGAUGCCUGGUAGUGGUGCAGCGGCCAGACACAGACAGUUGGUGUUGGUGUUAGAGGGAGAGCUGUACCUGGUUCCCUUCGCUCUGCUCAAAGGUAGCUCCUCUAAUGAGUACCUGUAUGAGAGGUUCAACCUUCUAGCUGUCCCAUCUUUAAGGAGCCUGGGGGCUGCAGCCAAGUCCUACCCUCGUCACAGAGCUCCCUUCCUCUACAGCGGUGGGGGUUCUAUGACCGUGGUAGUGGGGGCUCCACGCCUGCCCUCCAGGGUGAUGGAGCGUUGGCUGUGGGGGCCGCUGCCCUCUGCCCACGACGAGGCCCUCCGCCUGGGGGAACUGCUGGGCUGCCAGCCCCUCACUGGAACACAGGCCACCAAGGAGCGUGUGCUAGCAGCCAUGAGCCAGGCAGAGUGUGUUCACUUUGCUACUCAUGUCUCCUGGAAGCUGGCGGCCCUGGUUCUCUCUCCCAGCCAGGAUCCAGGGGUGGACUUAGGAACACGGCCCAAGGAGAGUGCACCGUGUGGGGGAUCACUUUUAAGCGAGAGUGGGGAUGUGGGAGCAAGAACAGAGCUACGGGAGGACGGGAGUGAGGACAGAGGAAGUGUGUGUGACGCAGAGAGUGUGUGUGACAGUCCACCGCUACAGGACUUUCUGCUCACUGCGGCCGAUAUACUGGACCUGAGACUGCCUGUCAAACUGGUGGUGCUGGGGUCGUACCAGGAGUGUGUCAACAGAGUGACAGCUGACGGGGUGGUGGGUCUAUCCCGUGCCUUCCUGGCGGCGGGGGUGCAGUGUGUGUGUGUGUCGCUGUGGCCCGUUCCCAUGGCAGCCUCCAAGGUGUUCACACACAGCUUCUACACGGCGCUGCUGAACGGGACCAAGGCCAGUGCAGCUCUCACUGAGGCCAUGAAGACUCUACAGAGCAGCACACACUUCUCACACCCUUCUAACUGGGCGGGCUUCAUGUUGAUUGGCUGUGAUGUGAAGCUGAACAGCCCCUCGUCUCUGAUUGGCCAGGCCCUGGCAGAGAUCCUCCAAUAUCCUGAGAGAGCUAGAGACGCCCUGAGAGUUCUACUGCACCUGGUUGAGAAGUCUCUCCAGCGUAUACAGAGUCGUCAGAGUAACGCUAUGUACACCUCGCAGCAGAGCGUGGAGAAUAAGGUUGGUGGGGUCCCGGGAUGGCAGGCCCUGCUGUCAGCUGUGGGGUUCCGGUUAGACUGUUCAGGUACCGGCAGUAGUCUCCCCGCUGCUGUCUUCUUCCCUACGGCUGACCUUGGAGACCGGCUGCAGCUCUGCAGCACCACCCUGCAGUCACUACUAGGUCUGCCUCAUGCAGCCUUCCAGGCCCUCUGUAAACUGGUCACUGCUGCUGAGACUGGAGACCAGCUCAUCAACAAAGCUGUUAAACAUAUGGUGGGAAUGCUUCACCAGGUAUUGGUUCAGCAGCAGUCAUGUGACAAGGAGCAGGAGUUCUCAUUGGCUCCCAUCCAGGUGUCAAUUAGUGUCCAGCUGUGGAGACUUCCUGGUUGUCAUGAGUUCCUGGCUGCGCUGGGUUUUGACCUGUGUGAGGCAGGACAGGAGGAGGUGCUAUUGAAGACUGGUAAACAGGCUAGCAGACGGACCAUGCACUUUGCUCUGCAGUCUCUACUGGCACUGUUUGACUCUACAGAGCUGCCCAAACGUCUCAGCCUGGACAGCUCUUCCUCUCUUGAGUCUCUCUCCUCCUCCCAGUGUGCCUCCCACUCCCUCCCUCUCUCCCUCCCCCUCAACCUUCCCCAGCCUCCCUUCUCCCCCCCGCUUGGCGACCCAGACGGUCUCUCCUGUGACGCCAUCUCCCUCUACAGCCUCAGCUCCCUCACCUCCUCUCUCAGCUUCCUGUCCCGCCCCGAACCUGCAGGAAGUGAUGUCAUCAGCCAGCGCUCGCGGCAGCAGGAGCUGGAGCGGCACCGCGGAGGAGCGGGGUUAUUCGCCUCGCACCGACACACAGGAGGCAUGUCGAGAAACAGAUUGACGAAUCACAGAGGAGUAGGAGGAGGGACAGAGGGGGAGGAACAGGAGGAGUAUGAAGGAUUCUCCAUCAUCAGCAGUGAACCUCUGGGGGGAGGGGGGAGGGAGUGUGACACCUUACCCCUCCCUGGGGGACACAGACACCUUAGAGGAGCAGGGAGGGGAGGCGUGGUGGGGAGAGGGUACCCCGUCUCAGUCUCCUCCAAGGGGAGUGUCAGCACUCCCACCUCACCGCUAAAAGUCCUCCCGCCACCCUUGACCAUACCCCCCAGCCCUAACACACACGCUAAGUCCCAGGGCUCUCAGAGCAUGUCUAAAGGUCAGGUGGUCAGUACAGAGGCAGUGCUCUCUGAGUCUGACCAGUCCAGUACAGAGACAGACAGCACCGUCAAGUCCCAGGAAGACAAGCCUCCCCCCAUCCCUCUGGACCCCCAGGAGCUGGCCAGCAGGAUCCUGUCAGAAACCCAGAGCCACAUGCAGGCUGUGGAGAGCCUCCAGAGGGGGAGGACAGGAAGGGCAGGCAAUGGAGGAGGGGAGGAGGGGUUAAGGGAACCAGAACGGGGUUUGGGCUUCCGUUCGUCUGAGACCAGCGCUUUCAGCAGACCCACCCUCUCUCACCGCUCCCUGCCCCCCUCUCACCCCUCUCCACCCCUCCUCCUCCUCUCCACCAGGUCCAAACCCCCCUCUCGUUCCUCAUCCUUACAGAAGAUCAGCUCCGGCUAUAACAGCCCAACCCUAUCCUCCCGCUCUCCCUCCCUGUCUUUCUCUCACCCCCACCCCUCACCCUCCAGAACCCCAGACCCCCACAUCCAGGCGCAGCUCAGACUUAAAUACCCUAGCUCCCCUUACACCCCCCAUAUCUCACACUCCCCCAAUAGCAUCUCCAUCUCCCCCAGCUCAGGCCACCCUUCCCCAGUCGGCAGCUUCCCGUCCUUGGCUGCAUCCCCAGUCCUCUCCCUGGCCCCCUCCCCUGCCCUCUCCUACUCCUCCACAGGUUCCACCUCGGCCCGCUCCAGCCCAGCCGAAACCCCAGAACUGGGUCGGUUGAAACGGGCAGGUCUGGUGGACGAGAGGGUCCAGGCCAUCCACAACCUGAAGACCUACUGGUCCAACGUCACCCAGAGGCAGGAGGUUCCCGGCCCAGGCAGGGUGCUCCGAGGUGGGGGGAAGAAGAUGAGCACGGUCCAGAAAGAUGUCCUGGGGCUCCUUCACCUCUCUCCAAGACAUGGAUCCACCAACCAGAACCAGGACACUGAGGAGACCCAGAGCGCCACCAACCCGCCUAACGGACACAGAAAGCUGGGUUCAAAACCGCCAGUGGUGCCUCCUCCUCAGGCUGCUACUGACUCCUCCUUGGGAGGUAGUCCCGGAGCACCCCCAUACCCCGUCAGACUGCCCUCUGGGAAAGGCUUCAAGUUCCCCUCGCCUGGGAAGUUCUUCCCCUCCUCUAAAUGCUGAGAGGGGUUAGAGACUCUUCAUGGUUAGAUAUCUGCUCCUGACUCUGAGGCUCUUCUAGUGGAUUAUACUAGCUGGGCUGCGUGCUAUGAAAGGGACUGAACAUUACACUAGCAAGAAGGACCACUGGGGACCACCAAAACUGAAGUUCCGAUUUGCAUUAGUUGAAUAGAAAGUGGGAAUGGGACACUUUGCGGUGACUGACUGCCUCCUAGUGGAGAGGAAAGGAAGGACAGAGCAGGGCCAGGUCAUAAAGGAGAAAAGUGCAGUCACCCGGAAGGACAGGGGGGGUCAGACAGGACUCUGUAUAACCCUGGGUUGAAAUCUGCCUGAGAUUCCUCACUUACCCUUGCCUCCUCCUACACUGUAAAGACACUUUGAUACAGGCAGACUGUAUCAGGCUCGAAGACUGUUACAAUGACUGAAAAUACCAAUAUGGUAUUUCUAUUUUUUACCUAAAACGCUCGCUGUUUGCGAAAGUCAAGAAAAUGCUAAAUGGAAUCGUUUUAAUUAUGAUUUAUUUGAAUAAAAUUAUUGUUAAUUGUUAUCAAGGAUCAUAACCGUUAUUAUCGUUAUUUUGUUUUGUAAAUUAAAUCCUGUGCUUUGUAAUCAGUAUUACGUGUUUUUAUAUAUUAAGAAGCAAACGGUGCACAAAAAUAAAUAAAAACAUUUAUUUUUAUUGAAGUGCUGAAAAGGCAUGAAAGCAUGAAAUACAAUUUCUAUGUGGAUGUGGAUUUGGUCGGGUCGCUCAAAAAGUUACAUAUUGCAGCUUUAAACACGCAUCUCAGUUCUUUCAAUAAAAAAGGUUUGCUCUCUUGUC